GCAGACGCAGCGCCCGAGGGAAUCCAGAAGGAAUCAGAAGACAAAGAGAAGAAUAAAAAAGAAGGAAAGACCGAGGAAAUUGCCGAAGCGAUUGACCUCCUGCUGGAUGUCGCUGACAGGGAUGCCCGAAUGGUGGUGUCUGACAAGGUUACGCGUGGUGAGAAAAA